AUGAAAGUUCGUGUCAGGCAUAUGGUUGUGAAGCCAUAUGAAGAUAUAUAUCCUAAGUGGGACGAUAAUAAAGUGUUUACUGAACUGGAUAACAUGAUUCAAGACAUCCUCAGUGGCCUGCUUGAUGAAAACUUUUGGGAAGCAAGGGGUGAUUCCAAGUCCAGAAAGAGAAACAUUCAUGUGAGCCCACCUGUGGUUCCAGCUACUGAUGAUGUGAGUCGUUCUACUAAGCGAAAGAAGGACAAAGAACAUGUCGAUGGCUGUCACGCAUCAGAGAUGGUUGUAGCUCACAACAUCGCUAUACUUGGGUUGGUUGAGUCGGUUAAGAACCUGACUGGAAAAAUAGAUGGAAUUGAUGUUAGUGUCGCUGACAAGGUCACUGCAAAACUAGACGCGGCCAUACAAGAUAAAGUGGAUGCUAGGAUUCGUUUAUAUGAGAUUGAAGUGAUGAAGAAGUUUGCCAUUUUAGAGGAAGACGUAAAGAAUAUUAAAGAAAAGCGUGGUGUAAACAUUCCUACUGAGGUGGCUAACUCCAAUGAUGGAAAGUCCAUUGCGCAAGAAGAGGAUGACGGUUCUAGCAAUGCUUUAGAGAAAAAAGAAAAGAAGACAACUAAGAAGGAGCGUCUUAAGAAUAAGGAGGUGAAAAGGAAAGAGAAGAAAGUUGAAAUGCCACUUAAAAAAGUUAAGGUAGAGAAGGCCUUCAAGAUCCCAGAACUUAAUGACGAGUCCAUUUCGACAAAAGGUUGGGAAAAUCAUCUAAUGUGGCAAAAGAGUGCGAAGUGUAAGGAGGUGUUGAAAGCACUUGCUUCAACUUUCUUGGAGCCUACACAUUGA